GCCGUCGCGGAGGCUCUGCGCAGGGCGCCGCUGGCUGGCUUUCCGGCCAUGAGACCCCCGGCGCUGAGGCCGGGCUCGGGGCCGCGGCGGGCGGGCUGUGGGCGCUGAGCGAUGUCGCGGACGGCGGGCGGCGACUGCCGCAAGGAAGCGGCGGGCUGGGAGGGCGAGGACGGGCAGUGUGACUCGGGCAUCGAGUCGCUGCGCUCGCUGCCGGGCGGGAGGGACACCCCUGCUGCCGCUGCCGAGACGCCUCCCGCCGCCGAGACCGAGACCCUCGCCGAGACUGCCGAGGAGCGGCUGGACUCUAGCUACGGCUCCGGCGCCCUUCCCGAGCCUCUGCCCGGGCCCCCGGCCGCCUGCGGCGCCGAGGAGCCGCCGCCGUCCGAGGGGCUCAGCCGGCAGCAGCUGGAGGCCCUCACCUAUAUUUCGGAGGACGGAGACACGUUGGUUCACCUGGCCAUUAUUCACUGUGUCCCAGCUGUAGCACUCUGCUGCAUCGCUCAACUGCCCAGAGAGGUGCUGGAGAUCCAAAAUGAUCUUUUCCAGACCCCACUUCACCUUGCUGUGUACCUGGAGCAGCCCAGUGUGAUCCAGGCACUGAUCCACAAGGGAGUGAACCCUGGGCUGCAGGACCACAAUGGCAACACCCCUCUGCACCUCGCCUGUGAGCAGCAGCACCUGCACUGUGCCCAGCAGCUAUUGCAGGGCACAGCCCCACCAGAGGGUACAGCCCAGCCCCCUGGGUACCACCAGGACCUGCAGCUCCAGAACUGGCAAGGCUUGGCUUGUCUGCACAUCAGCACCUUGAAGGGGAACAUCCAGAUGAUGUCUCUGUUGCUGGAGAGUGGUGCCUACAUUGAUGUUCGAGAAGGCACAAGCGGGAAGACGCCGUUGCACCUGGCCGUGGAGUGUCGCAACCGCAAGGCUGUCCAGUUCCUGCUGCACAAUGGGGCCUACGUCGAUGCCCAGAUGUACAACGGCUGCACCCCGCUCCACCUGGCCGUGGGCCGCAAGGACACUGUCAUCGCUGCCAUCCUCUCGCACUCGGGGGCUGACACCCUGCUGAGGAACAUGGAGAACGAGACAGCGCAGGACCUGGCUGAUGGCAACGACGAUCUCCUCGCCUUGCUGCCCUUUGAUGACCUGAAGAUCUCGGGGAAGCCUGUUGUGUGCACUGAAUGAGCGGCUGGAUUCCUUUGGCCCGUCAAGAUGCCUCCUUGCUCUGAACUGCUGCCCACUGGGACCUUGCCUGCCUAUAAUUGAGUGGGAGCAGAGCCACUUUGGGAGACUUACCCUUUCUUCUCCUCUUUGGAAAAGUUUUGUUUGCCUCAGGCUGCCUUCCCAGGGGGAAGAAGGUGGCACUAUGAGCACUACAUGAAAGGCUUAAUUUUUAGUAUUUGUGCCUAGCAGCAGGACUGAAUUGCCCCUCCCUGCCAUCCAUUUGGUUUGUGGAGGUCUUCAGCUUGCACAGGGAAGGAAUAGGAGAGGACUCCUUUUCACGGUGGAUGAAGCACCCUCUGGCACCUGCAAAUACCAUCAGAAUAAGUGUGGGGUGAAGAGAGUAAUGCUCACUAAUAAAUGUUUGUUCUUGCUGUGGGUGCCUGAGGUCUCACAUGAUCUAACCUACUCCCUCACAGCAGUGGGAGGCUCAGCAUUACCAUGGGCACCCAACAUGUGAAGGCUGCAGGGGCUUCCCCGGCCUGCCUGCUCCUUUGGGUCCUUUGCA